AUGAAUGACAUAGAGGAAAGAUGGGAGAGAUUGAAGCUAAUAGAAGAGGAAGCUCUGAAUAUAGAGCUUGGAGAUGACAUUUUGGAGGAACAGAAUUACAAAGGAGAUUUAAGCUUGGUUGGAAAGUUUUUGCAAGUCAAGGCGAUAAGCAGCGUAUCUUGGAUGGAAGGCUAUGGCUCUUUGACAACCGACGACUGGUUGCUUCCUCCUUUGGGCGUUUGCUUCCGCCACGGUUGCUGCAGUGUUGAGUUUUGCAUCUGCUUGCUCCUGACAAUUCUAGGUUACGUACCAGGAAUAAUCUAUGCUUUCUAUGCUAUCGUGUUCAUGGAUCGCGACCAGUAUUUCGACGAGUACAGGCGUCCGCUUUACUCUGCCGUCGUUGAUAAAUUCCAGAGAACAAGAACGAUAUAUUAUUCGAUUCUACGGGACCUUCGAAAUAAGAACAAUAGCGAAAGCUACCUUUUGCUCGUAGAAACCCAAGUAUCCCAACAUACGAAAUGAAAAAAAGCCUAAAUUCAUGCCGUGUCGCUCAGACUUCGAAUAUUUGACGAAGAUUCAAUGCACCCAAAAAAAGAAAAACAGAAAGACAAGUAAAUAAAGAAUGCUUUAAUUCAGAUAUAUUGAGCCAAGAUUUACAUUUGGCAAUGGAAUCUCAGGCCUUUAUCCCUCGCCGUUCUAUGUAAAGAAAAAGAUUUAAGGGCAGAGCAGGAGAGAAUUCCGAGAAGGUGAGGAGAGAGCGGGGCGAAAUCGAUUUUUCCUUCU